UAUGGAUUAUUGUUUGGAAUAGUCAAUAUAUUGCAACAAAUGCCAUAUAUGUUGAGGAAAUACAUAUUCUUACACUUCUGGACUUCUUUUUCUAUCAGUUAUAUUUUAUCUAUUGUGCUCACAUAUCAAAAGGAAUUGCUGGAAAAAUGACGUUACUAUAUAUGGCUGAAAAUUUACAUUUAUGAGGCAGAGGGCGUACCGGCACACGUAUAACAUUUAUACAGGCUUUGAGAAAACUGAGUAGAUGGUGAACUGAUAUUGUCUAGUAAAAUGAUAUUGGGAUACCGUAUUUAGCUAGAUGUAACUUUUCAAUAAAUCAGUAAACAAUGGUAACAGAACUAGAACGCAUAGAGGAUUCAAACAUCAGAAAUGAGGAAGAAAACUGUCACUGGCUGGAUUGUCUCAACCCAAAGAAAGACAUGCAGGAAUUUUUAACAACCAUUGCAAUUAUAUUAAUGUCAUGUGGUGUAGCUAUUAUGUGUGUAAGUUUCAUAGUGCCACGAGAGCACGUGUUCGAUCCAUCACUUCCGGCCCGUGAAAUGGAGAAAAUCGAAAUACAUUACGCUAAACUAUCUUAUUACUUAGAUAUUUGCACUGUGAUUGGGAUGUCUUUCAUUGCCGCAGGUGGGCUUAUUACUUCGGGAGUUUUUGUGUAUUAUUUUAUAAUGCCAGACAGAGAGGUUUACAGAAAGAAAGACAGACAAGAUUUGAACCUCCUUACUGGAACCCAACGAGAAAUGGUUUCAUAUGGUACAAGCAAUGAUGGAUAAAAUGUAACUUUCUUUUGUUUUGAUUAUUUGAUUCAAUUGAAAAUAUACGUAUAAAUCAUCAGAAAGUACACUAGUUAACAUCUAAAGCUUCAUGUUUCAUGAAUCAAUUGUGCAGAAAAGAAGACAGAAUUUGAACCUCCUUCGCGGACCCUAACCUGAAAUGGUUUAUAUGGUUCAAGCAAUGAUGGAUAAAAUGUAAAAAUCUUUUGUUUUGAUUAUUUGAUUCACUUGAAAAUAUACGUAUAAACCAUCGGAAAGUACACUAGUUAACAUCUAAAACUUCAUGUACCAUGAAAAAUGUGCAAGUACCUUUAGCGUCACAUGAGAAGACAGUAAUACUGAUCUGAGAAGGGACGGACUUGAGUAUAGUACCAAGAUAUUUUAUUAGCCUCAUACCAUAUAACUAAACGUCUUAAUGUUGCUUUAAACAAUUCGAAAUAAAGUGCCAUUAAGGCGUAUGUUUUAUUAACAAUUUUAUAUGUAUUUGAUAUAUUAAAUCGAUAGUAUUUAUAUCUGUUACAGCAACGAAUGUAGAAUACAUAAUAAAGGACA